CAGCGAGCACAUCCUGCAAUCCUAGUCCCUAGUUGCCACAGCAACAUCGCUGACCGGAACGCGGGGUAAGGCGCGAUCUUGACCUGCCCUCAAAUGGCAUCUCAAAAGGAACUCUAUUCCUACAAUGCACCGUGGUCAGUAUACGGUCUACACUGGUCACAAAGGCCGGGAACAUUCAGAUUGGGACUUGGAAGUUUUAUUGAAGACCAGGGGAACAAGGUCCAAAUCAUCGAGCUAUACGAUCGGGAUGCAGAUUUCGUUCUGGUAGACGAGGUGGACCAUCAAUAUCCCUGUACAAAGCUGCUAUGGCAGCCCUAUAAAGCCACCAAUUCCCCAGACCUAUUCGCCACUACUGGAGACUUCCUAAGAGUAUGGGAAGUAAAAAACUCCAGCGAUGGGUCAUCUGAUGACCGCGGUUCUUCGACAGUGGCCAACAUGGGCGGUGGUGAGCGAACGAAGAUAGUUCCGAGGGCAACUCUGAGAAACCAACGACGAACAGAACUGGCGGGUCGAGAUUCUUGUGCUCCGAUCACAUCAAUGGACUGGAAUGAGACCGAUCCAAACAUUGUUAUAACGAGCAGCAUCGAUACUACAUGCACAGUUUGGGAUUUGUCGACUUUGCAAGCUAAGACGCAAUUGAUCGCUCACGACAAAGAAGUAUAUGAUGUGGCCUUUUCUCGCGGAAACGACGUGUUUGCAAGCGUUGGUGCCGAUGGAUCUUUAAGAAUGUUUGACCUUCGUAAUCUUGAACAUUCAACGAUUUUAUAUGAAGUUGGACCGGUGCCACGAGAGGCAGAGGUCCCAACAAUGGUGGAUCAGGCCUCUGAUGGCCUUCCUCUCCUUCGUCUGUCCUGGAAUAAGCAAGACCCAAACUAUAUCGCUACAUUUCAAACCGGUUCUUCGGCAGUGCUGAUUAUGGAUAUCCGGGUUCCUGCUAUUCCAGUCACAGAACUGCGAGGACAUGGGUCGGCUGUGACAGCGAUUGGCUGGGCACCUCAUUCCAGUAGCCAUAUUUGCAGUUCCGGUGAUGAUGCGCAGGCGCUCGUCUGGGACAUUUCGCAAAACAAUAAGGAGAAGCAGAUCCAAGAUCCGCUACUGGCGUACUCUGCUGAGGGGCCCAUCAACCAAUUGAUGUGGUCAGCCAGUUCGCCAGACUGGAUAGCGAUAUCAUUGGGGUCAACAGUGCAGGCACUGCGCGUAUAAGAAGUUUCUAUAUUAUAAUAUAUCGCAUCGAUCUACCGUAAAGAUACGCAAAAGUAUGCAAUCGUGGUCUCCUCCAUA